CUCCCCACCAUGGGGCUAGGGGUGAGGAAAAGCCUGUUGUUUUGCUUUAUUUUCAACUUCACACCUCUUCUAACAUUUGCAGUUUUCUUAAACAAUAAAGAAGCCACCAGUGUGUUGAAGAGUAGAGUGAGGAGAGCGAACUCCUUUUUUGAGGAGCUCAGAGCGUCCUCUUUGGAGCGGGAAUGCAUUGAAGAAAUCUGCUCAUAUGAAGAAGCCAGGGAAAUCUACAAGGAUGAGCGACGUGUGAAAGAAUUUUGGAGAACAUACUCAGAUAUUGAUCAAUGCCUCUCCAACCCCUGCUUGAAUGGAGGUACCUGCAGUGACCAGAUUCAGUCAUAUGUCUGCAACUGUCCAGAAGGUUAUGAGGGUAGAAACUGUGAAACAAAUGUGGAAGAGUCCAUCAAUUGUGAAAAUGAUAAUGGUCAGUGUGAACAGUUCUGCCAUAUCUCCGCAGAGGAACGCCGGCAGUGUGUGUGUAUGGAAGGCUACGCUCUUGGGGAAGAUGGAAUAUCAUGCAUUCAAACAGUUCAAUAUCCAUGUGGACAAAUACCUCUGCGGAAGAAAAAGAAAACACUUUAUCGGAUUGUUGGUGGUGAAGAUUGUCCUAAGGGAGAGUGUCCCUGGCAGGCCAGACUGGUCUUAGACAAAACACAUGAAACUAUUUGUGGAGGGACUUUAAUCGCAACAAACUGGGUUGUCACUGCGGCACACUGUGUAAAACCAGCUUUUGUAAACGCAUUAACUGUUGUACUUGGUGACCAUAAAAUCAGCAAGUUUGAAGGCACAGAACAAGAGCGUAAAGUAGUUGAAAUAAUUAUUCAUGAAGAUUAUCGUAAGGUUACAGCAAACUACGACCAUGACAUUGCGCUUCUUAGAUUAAAUGCUUCAGUCAAUUACACAGACUAUGUGGUUCCCAUGUGCUUGCCAGAAACACCGUUUGCAGUACGGGUUCUCUUGCAUCACGGCAGCACUUCCACAGUCAGUGGCUGGGGUCGCCUUUUGGAACUUGGGGUAACUCCUGACAUCCUGAAAAGGGCAAAGCUGCCUCGAGUUAAGAGCCAGCAGUGUAGAGAACAGACAGGAUUAAAUAUUACAGAAAAUAUGUUUUGUGCUGGGUAUACAGACGGCUCCAAAGAUGCAUGCAAAGGUGACAGCGGUGGUCCAUACAUCACAAAAUAUAAAGAAACGUAUUACCUCACUGGUAUUGUCAGCUGGGGCCUGGGGUGUGCUAAAGUAGACAAGUAUGGUGUUUAUACAAGAGUGUCCCGAUACACAAAGUGGAUAAAUGAGCACAUGAAUAUAACCAAUACUUGA